UUCUCAUCACAUUUUGGGAUCAAAGAGCAUUGACCGAUUCAUGGAAGAGGUGAAGAAGGACGUAUACUCGUUGUGGGCAUUGCCCGAUGAGGAAUCCGAGCCGCGGUUCAGAAAGCUAAUGGAAGCUCUGAGAUCUGAAUUCACUGGCCCAAGUUUCGAGCCUCACGUCACCGUUGCCGUAGCCAGUCUGACUGCAGAGGAAGCCAAGAAGUUGUUCGAAUCAGCUUGCGACGGUCUUAAACCUUACACAGCCACCGUGGAUCGCGUAUCUACCGGAACUUUCUUUUUUCAAUGCGUUUACUUGCUUCUCCAAUCCACCCCUGAGGUAAUGGAAGCUGGUGAACACUGUAAGAACCAUUUCAAUGGUUCCACUAACACACCUUACAUGCCGCAUUUGAGCCUGCUUUAUGCUGAGUUAACAGAAGAAGAGAAGAAGAAAGCUCAGGAGAAAGCUUACACACUUGAUAACACCCUCGAUGGCCUGAGUUUCCGGUUAAACAGAAUCGCUCUAUACAAAACCGAUAUCGAAGACAAGACUCUAGAGUCAUGGGAGAGAGUGGCUGUAUGCAAUCUGAGUCCUUAAAGAAGAAAAAAAGUUUGGUUCUGCAUCUGUAAUAAAAGGUCUCAGAGAACUUGCUUCUCCACAAUGCUUGUUGCUUAUGUAUGUUUGUUUCUACCUUCUACGUUUUAUGUUUUUUCGCUUGGCUUUUGAAGCAGCGGAUUUGUUAGCCUUGGUGGCUUUUGUUAUCAUCCUUUGUAAACCACUUCCUCCUUGUAUGAAGAGUAGCUAAUCAAUGAAAUCUUGUUUGCCCAAAA